AUGAAUAUCGCAGACAGAAGAAAUGCUGCUAAAUCGAAGAAGACGAAAAAAAGUGACACCGCAACAGCGGAAUGGAGCGCAAACAAGAUUCUUUUGCGAGUAUUUGUCCUUGUCACAUGUCUCAAAGUGCUCCUAAUUCCAGUAUAUCGUUCCACUGACUUUGAGGUACACCGUAACUGGUUAGCUAUAACACACAGUUUACCAAUUCAAGAAUGGUACGUCCAUGCCAAGUACCAAUGGACGCUAGACUAUCCACCGUUGUUUGCAUGGUUCGAAUACUUCCUUAGCCAUGCAGCAAAAUUAAUUGAUCCCGAAAUGCUGAAAGUGGAUAGCCAGAAUUAUGCAUCCUCUGGUACCAUUUUCUUUCAAAGAGGCUCGGUCAUAUUUAUGGACUUGUUAUUCGCGUACGGAGUAAGAGAGAUUGGAAAAGUAUUCUGCACCUCUUUUGAUAGCUACGCUGUUUUCGUGAUUCUGUCACUGUGCAACAUGGGACUGCUGGUAGUAGAUCACAUUCACUUUCAAUACAAUGGAUUUCUACUUGGUAUUUUACUACUAGCUAUUGCAAAUAUUUCUAUUUUGCAAGGAACACUAUGGUUUGCUCUGUUAUUGAAUUUAAAACAUAUUUAUCUGUACGUAGCGCCUGCCUUUGUAAUCUGGCUACUUAAAUCGUACUGCAUAAACAGUGGUCACUUCUUCAACCGUUUAAUUAUGCUCACAGGCAUAGUUUUCACAACUUUAGUGAUCUCGUUUGGCCCAUUUGUGUCUCAGUUACCUCAGGUAUUAUCAAGACUGUUCCCCUUUAAAAGAGGCCUGGUACAUGCAUACUGGGCUGCAAACGCAUGGGCAUUGUACAUAGGUUUGGACAAAGGAGCAUCGAUGAUUCUGAAACGAUUGGGUUGGAUAGAAAUUACAAAGUCAGCGGUAAUGACUGGUGGCUUGGUGCAAGAACAGAAUCUCACGGUAUUGCCAACACCGACUCCGUUCGUAACGAUAGUGUUCACUCUAAUUUCAAUAUUGCCUGCAUUGUACAGUCUGUUCGUGGAAAAAACUUGUGAUAAAAAUCCAAAGCAAUUCGUAAGAUGUUUAGUGCUUUGUGCCUUGUCUUCAUUUAUGUUUGGUUGGCAUGUACACGAGAAAGCCAUUUUAACUGCUAUUAUUCCAUUGUGUGUUUUGGCUGUGACAAACAAAGACGAUGCCAGAAUAUUUUUAAUUUUGAGCAGUGCCGGACACAGUGCUCUUUUGCCAUUACUCCACCCGAAUAAUUUAACUCCGUUGAAAAUAUUAAUGCUUUUAACGUACAUGGUCGCAUGUUUCUUGGCUCUAUCUCGAAAAUUUAAGCAACGACUACUUUAUUACCACGAACAUUUGUAUGUUGUCACUCUGCCAUUAUUAACGAUAUAUGAAACGAUGUUACAUAAAUUAAUAUUUAAUGAUAGAUUACCAUUCCUGCCUCUAGCAGUUACAUCAAUAUAUUGUGCAAUAGGAGUGACUUAUUGUUGGCUGUUGUAUUACUACAUGUUCUUACGAUGUAACGAUAGUAUUAUCGACCAGAGAAAGAAAAAAGAGUAACAGUGUCCAUUCUUUACAUGUAAAAUACUGUAAAAUAAAUUUAUUUGUAUUUCAUA